CAACAAAAAAGUAUACCGCUUAGUAGCUCGAAUGAGACAACUCGUAACUUCACUCACGAACUUUUAUCGACUAAAAUGGUCCAUAAUUAAGAUAAGUGUGUAACAUAACCCAUCAUAAUAAGCUUUAGAAAGAAUCAAAAAAAGCAAACGGCCAUAAAGUCUUGUUCAUGUAAUUAAUCGAGCACCAUAAUAGAAAUCCACGUGUUACCGAAAUAUCAGAGGAAGAAGAAAAAUUGCGUGCCAACUGGAAACCUUCACGAUUUCUGUGCGGUGAAAUUUGUGGAUUGACGCGUGCUUGUGAGUGCGUGUAACAAAUCGUGCGUAUUUCGGGGUCCGACUUUUUUGGAAGCAGUCGAGAGAAACCGACUUGACUUGUUUUUAAUUUUGGAGAAUAUUGCACGCAAAACGAGCUGCUGAAAUGUUGGAUACCUAACGGCCGGAAAAAAAGCCACCAGUAAACUCGAGCACUAGAGUAAUGAUGGUGUGGAUUUAUCAACGUCCGGAUAUCAGCUCGUCUUUUGCAUUAUAGGCAACGUAUUAAUUUGAAAUCAAAUGUGAUAAAAGCAAUGAAUAUAUUAAUCCAAACUAUACAUAAACAUCAUGUGAAGCUGUAGUUUUGGUACUGGAUUGUCAACGUCGAAUAGUAGUAAACAUUGCUGAGAUUGUUCCGAGGAAUUCCGAGCACGAUUAUUAGACGGUGAUUUGGUCAUAGCACUACUGGUUGGAAUACAGUUUUCCUGGGAAAUAAACAAAAUCAAAACAAGCAAGAAAAAAUCCUCCGAAAUGGGAAACAACUGCUGAAAGGUAAAAUUCUUCUCAUCUUCAUUCCAACAAACCAACAUCGUAGAAAAGAAGGGCCACACUUUUUUUUCGGUUAUUUGCUGACGGACAACCUCACUCUUCCCCCUUUUUGGAUGUAUAUAAUGGAUGAACACGUCCAACUAAAUGAGAACAAAAAACAUCGAAAACUAGUACGAAGCCAUGAGCAAAUAUCGCCCGCAUGUGAUGCUUUAUCGUCGCCGAGCGGAGGCCCUAAAGGAUCAAUUUAUCCAUCGACUGUUUCGAUGACAAUGGUGCUAUCGCCAACUAGUGGCUUACCAGGCAAUACAAAAACGUUGGAAAUUUUCCAAGCUUCCUCACAAAAUGCUUCAUCCCCCCAGGGCCUUAGCAGGAGCUUUGAACAGACCCUGUCAAAAUCACCCCCCAAGUUUCAAAUGUAUCAGCAAAUAAAUCGUUCUCCCAACUCAACCCCAACUCAAUUCGUAGCACGCCAAAAUCCCUUCCAUCCCCUUCCGCCUAAUCCAGUUCAGCUGGCCUCCCCCACAACUGCUGGUCAUCCUACCGUUAGUAGAAAAAGUAGUCUAACCCACAUUUCAAAUGUGGCCUCAGACGGCGGCGAUACUCGAACGGCUUCAGCAAGACCGCCACCAAACUACCACCAGCAUUUGCACCAACAACAAACGAAACCAAUGGACCAAAGAAGCAAUAAUCCCUUUAUACUGAACUUUAACAACAUAUCUGGAUGCUGUAUGAAAAAUUCACCACCCUCUUCCGGUACGCCUUGCUCAUCAUCGUCACCCACCAACAACAAUGCGCCCACAGCAAUCAAUCCACCCAAUAAUCCACCAUGCCCUGCCGUUCCCGCAAGGCGUAGCAGAUCAUUGCUGCUCAAAUCUUCAACUCCGAUGCAGCAACCAGCACCCCAACAACAGCCACAACCCCCUCCAAGUCAAGUGACCACUCCGAUUGGCUCAACUCCCGGACCUCCGGUGCCCCCAAGGCUUAACAAAUCUCCGACCCCUACCCGUGAAACUGCUCCGGCACCGGUCAUCGGAAGUGCUCCUUCCUGCGCAACCACAACCUCAGCAACUCCGGUCCUGACGCCGCCCACCAUCACCAGCACCAGUUGGUAUGGCAAGGGUGAUCAGGUGACCAAACCUGCAGCGUCUCAUCCAACGGCGGCGACGAGUUCUGCAAUACCGACCCCAGCGGCAGCACCCAGCAGCACCGGAUCUCCUUCGCCGGUCGAUCCGACGGUUGCCAGCAGCAGUGUGCGGAAGAAAAGAGACGACUUCCUCAAAGCGACCAUGAAAAUUUGCCUGGUAGUAUCGCCUCCUUCCUGUAAACUACAGCUGAAAUCCAGAAGCCUUACCCAUUUGGACAAACUAGAGCCGCAUAUAGCUAAUCAUAGUGAUUAUCAUAAUUUCGAUCGAUUCAAGAGUGACAACUCGGAUACGUCCAAUACAUCGAUUGCAUCAGCCACUGGAUCGGCUACCGGUUGCUACGGCACUCCCCGGGGCUUCCUCGUAGGUUGUCCAGACUCCGGUGGAGCCAAUGUGUCCUACCAGAGCAGCACCGAAGGCCCGAGCCCAGGAGAAGCAAUUCCGUCACCCCUCUCGAUGCCAACGAUUGCUGCCGGCACAUCUGGCAGUGCCCUGAUCGGUUUGAGUGACAGCGAUGGCGGCUGCAUCAACCCGGCCUACGACAGCGGAGAUGGGAAUUGUCCGCCCGAGUCAGGGUCGAGUUCAAGCGGCGGCGACAACAACCGGCAGGCGCUUCCCAGAACCGCUCAAAACGAAACGCUUCCCAAGUACCCAAUCUCUCAGCCGGCAGCGACACCAGACGAAGCGGCAGGUCCCAAUGGGGGGGUCUGCAAUGAGAGCAUCGCCAGCAGCACCACCAGCAACGAAACCUCCAACCAAACCUGCUGCCUUUCGUCUCCGUCCUGCCCCAAGAGCAAAUCUCUGUCAGCGUCUGCAUCGCUCAAGAAAAAAUCAUCUUCUUUUCUGCAUCGAGAGCGCAAAAAGCCGGUACUGACACGAAGUCAAGUUUCCAGUUCGGAGUAUUUCUCGGUCUAUUUCGAGGUCGGCGACAACAAUGGUUUCCGAGAUGAGAUUCUCAUUCCUGCCACCAAGGGAGUCUGCCUAGUUGACUCUUUACACGCCUCGCUUUCACAACGAAGUCUUAGUUUUUCACAAAUAUGUGUAACGGACAACGGCUUCAGCCAUUCUCACGAACUUGGAGUGCAAUAUCUUGGACCGCUGGACGCCUACACAGACAUCUCCAGCCUAGCCGGGCGAACGUUGAUCGUGUCCGACAAGGAUAGCGUGGGGCGACGGGCCGGAGGUCACAUCACGCUCCAAAAGGCAGCUUCCGUCGGAUAUCGGUCCACCUCCAAUCGGCUGUUCACUUCCACCUCCACAGACGAAACCUACGACCAAAGCCCUCGGGCAGCCUCCACGUCUUCAUCCACCAAGCAAUCGAAACAAAAAUGGACAAUAUCAUUCGGAUCGAAGGGACCACAAAAAUCAAAACUCUGCGAACUGCUGGAUAGCUACAAUAAGGACAUUCCAAAACUGUCGUCUUCCGCCAGCAAUUUUGAUAAACCGGAAUAUUUAGAAGCAUUAGAAGGCCUUAAAAAUUUACCUCAAUCGUGGACGGAUAUAGUCAACUGUUCCGGAAUGACCGAAACGGAGACGAAAAUCCAAUCUGCUAUAUGGGAGUUGGUUACGACGGAAGUAUACUACAUCCUCGCUCUGCAGACUGUAACAGAUUUAUUUUUAGCAUGCUUAGAGGAUAUCCAGUGCCACAGCAUCCUGACCGAUGUUGAUCAGAACAAAUUGUUUUCCAACAUUCGCGAUAUCUGCGAAUCGAACUUGAAGUUCUGGACGCUGUACCUGUAUCCGAUGGUCAAGGAGAGUGCCGAAACCAAAGAACCGAUGAGUAUCUAUAGGUUCAAAGACGGCUUCAUGGAAUUUGCGGCCAUCUUUACCCCCUACACCAAAUACUGUGCCGAGCAGAGUACCUGUCAGUAUUACUGCAAGGAGCUGUAUCAAAACAACUCGCUUUUUAUGUCUUACUGUGCCUGGUGCGAGUCGCAGAAAAUGUGCAACCGCCUUCGGUUAGCCGACAUUCUGGUGCGACCAAUGCAGAGGUUAACCAAAUACGGUCUUCUCCUGGCAGCCAUCAAAAAGCACAUAGCCGAUGAGCACGAGGGUGAAGCAAUCGACGAAAUGAUUCAUUCCGUGGAAGAGUUCGUGGCCGGAGUAAACACCCACCUGACCACCCGGCAGGAAAACGAACGGCUCAAGGGCAUCAACGCGCGGAUAGACUCAUACGAUGUCGUCGAUUCGAACAACGAAAAUCUGGAGAAAAUGGUGAAACAGUACAGCGGGAUGUUCGAUCUGUGUUUGCCGAUGCUGGGAACGAACGAGGGCCGGAAGUUGUUUCUGGAGGGCGAUCUUAAAUUUAAGGAUAGUUUCGGAAAGAUGGAUGUUCACUGCUUUUUGCUUACCGAUUUUCUUCUAGUGUGUAAAAAGAACAAACACGAGAACUUGAAGGUGGUUCGCCAGCCGUAUAUGACGGAUCGACUGGUCGUUCAGCUGAAGGAACAGACGCUUUACUGCUGUUAUCUGAAUGAUCUGUCCAUGGUGGUGGCCGCCUUUACGCUACAGUGUUCCAAAGCCCAGAAUUGGUACGACUCGAUUACGAAAGCCAAACAUAUCUUCUCCCGGCUCAAGCAUGGAGCCAUGACUGAUUUCCGGCAGUACAGCAAUCUGAUAAAUAUCAGCAGCAUCGGCAGCAACAACAACAGCAAUAUUAACAUCACCAACGACAAUCUCAGCAUCCGAAAGUCACCGCUGAACAGUUCGAUCGGAAGCAGAGUUAGCAGUUUGAACAACAGUCAUAGCGGAUCGGUGGAUUUGAACGAGUCGAAACAGGUUUCGGUGGACUUUGAAAAAACCAAUUCGUUAUCGAGUGAUGAAGGAGGAGCCACGGCAGGUCCCGUGAUACCGGGAAAAUUUGGUGCCGCAGGCCAGAGGAAAAUGAAAUCCACUGUCACGACGAUGCAUACGUCGUCCAAUUCGCUGACGGUGCAACCUUUCAGUGGGUUGGGCCAGAGUAUGCCAAAUCUGAACCUGAACUCGAUCCAAAAUAGUGUUAUUUACAGCAAUACCCUGUCCGUUCCGGGACCUUCAGGAGGUAGUUCCCACUCCGGUAUGGUCCUUUUGUCCCCUAGUCAACGAGGAAUAUCCUACCCACCGCCAUCGCCCACGAGAGCGACGCUUCGCAGGGGAUUUGCCUUCUCUUCGUCGAUCAAGAACCCACCGUUGCUAAAGACCCGCAAUGUGCCCUCUCAGCAGAGCUUCAUUCUGUCCCAGCAGCCGAGCUUCAAUUCGGCUACCCUGGGUCAGCACCAGCAGUGUCUGCAAACAUCCCCAACGCCGGGCAGCUCGCCGAAUGUGGCCUUCAUCAAGCGCAAGAACAGCUUCCAGCAGCAGAGUCCGAGCCCCAGCAGUGGAACCGAUCCGAAUACGCCCAGUGGGGAGGCCACCUAGUAUAAGCUUCUGCCCUCCAGCCGAAGGUAGGACAUGUUUUACCUGGUGGCCUACCGGAAGAAAUAGCAUUUAUAUUCCCCACCUCAGCCUAGUUGAGGUGGACCCAUUCGUCGUGACCUAUACGGGGCGAAUGUAUUUGUUUUUGUCAGCAUAGAUAUCAGAAUCAAAUAUGUUUGAUCCCAAACAAAUAAAACAAUAAUCAGAUUUUUAACCGUACUACAGUAGCUUAGAGAGGUAGACCAAUAGAGUACUUACAUGUUGAUUUUGGGUCUUUCAGACUAUUGCAACAAAAAAAAAACAAAUAAAACUAUUAAUAUCGAAUAUCGAUUUUAACUCCUCAGUAUUUUAAUCAAUCUUAAAGCAUGCUGAACAUUGAAAAAAGUAACAAAACGAUGCUGUGACAAAAAAUUAGAGCAAGCAAGUUUAAGCAAAGGUACAGAAACAAACUGGUACUUUAAGCGGAGUGCUACAGUAGAGUACAAGAGAAAGGAAAGCUGCGAUCAAAUGGAUACUAUUUGGAGUAGUCUUGAUCCUCGGUUCCCAGAUCGCAUCAAACGACCGAGUCAAACUAUGUAAUAUAUUUAUACAAAACAUAAUGUUUUCCAAAGCAAGAAACGCUUCUAGUGGCAGAACAGGGGAGCUGCCAGAGGAUUUAAGCAUAAGAAUGUAGGCUGUUGUUAGAAUAUCGCGCUUAUUUAGACGUUUGCCGCCGCCAUCCUCCGACGACAGAAAACUCACCCCGAGCAAUGGAUCGGUAAGGAAAUGAUGCUUUAACUUGCAAAUUCUGUUGGUCAAACGAUA